AUGAAUGAUAAUGAAUCAAGCAAAAAUCGGAAAAGGGCGAGGCGUCGCGACAGAGCUCAGAAUGAAAAGCUUAAGCUUUCUAGCGAAAAGGAAAGUGCUUCCGCCGCUGGAAGAAUCGAUGAAGACGAAGAAGAAAGUACAAAAGCUUCUGCUUCUGCUAAGCGCAUAAAAUCGCAGGGACAGCUCUCAGACUCCUCUAGCUUUCUCGCUAAGAUGAAAGCGAAGCUGUCAGGAGGGCAUUUCAGGAUGAUCAACGAGAAGCUCUACACUUGCACUGGAAAAGAGGCGCUUGAGUAUUUCAAUGACGAUCCAACAUUGUUUGAUACUUACCAUACAGGAUAUCAAGAGCAAAUGUCACAUUGGCCUGAGCUUCCAGUUAAUAUAAUCAUAAAAUGGCUAAAAGAUCACAGUCCUUCUCUGGUCGUGGCUGAUUUUGGAUGUGGGGAUGCACGCCUUGCAAAAAAUGUGAAGAAUAAAGUCUUCUCCUUUGAUCUCAUCUCCAAGGAUCCUUCAGUAAUUUCCUGUGACAUGUCAAAUACUCCGCUUGGCUCUUCAUCUGUAGAUGUUGCUGUCUUCUGCCUUUCAUUGAUGGGGACUAAUUUCCCAAGUUACCUCCGUGAAGCACACAGAACUCUUAAGCCACGUGGUUGGCUUUUGAUAGCAGAAGUGAAGAGCAGAUUUGAUUCAACAACUGGAGGAGCUGACCCAAAGACAUUUACAAAAGCCGUCUGUGAUCUAGGAUUUACCUCUGUGUCAAAGGAUUUCUCAAACAAGAUGUUUAUAUUGUUUUACUUCAAGAAAAAGGAGGAGCAAAGUUCAAAGAAAAAGGAGGUUGAGUGGCCUGAGCUGAAACCUUGUUUAUAUAAGCGCCGUUGA